CCUGGCGGGCGUUUGAAUCGCCGAGCAGAAACGGUCCCGACGGAGGCGCAGCGGGGCGCGGAGCCGCCUGGCUGGCCGCGAUGAGGCGCAGCGACGUCCUGGCCGGCGAGUCGGUGGCCUGCCUGACCCGGGCGCUGGGUCACCUGCGCGGCAUCUGGGAGGAGAUCGGCAUCCCGGAGGAGCAGCGGCUGCAGCGCACGGAGGUGGUCAAGAGGCACGUCAAGGACCUGCUGGACCGGAUGAUCGCGGAGGAGGAGAGUCUCCGGGAGCGGCUCCUGAAGAGCAUCGCGCUGUGCCGGAGGGAGCUGGCCGCGCUGUGCCAGGAGCUGCAGCUGGCGCCCUUCCAGGAGGAGGAGGAGGCCACCAUCCUGCAGCUGGAGAAGGACCUGCGCACCCGCGUGGAGGUGAUGCUGAAGCAGAAGCACGAAAGGCAGCAGGAGCUACGGACGCUGCAGGAGCAGGACCGGGAGCUGGCGGGCCUCCUCGGCCGGGCACACUACAGCGUCAGCAGCGAGCCCGUGCCCAGCCUGGCGGAGCUGGACCGCUUCCGGCGCCACCUGGCAGAGCUGGCAGCUGAGAAGGAGCAGCAGCAGGCAGAGUUCCUCUGCAUGAAGCAGCAGGUCCUCCUCUGUCUGGAGGAGCUGGAGCAGGCCCCCAGCACCGCCUUCGAGCGAGAGGUCGCCUGCCAGGAGGCGGGUGCCUUCCGCCUCUCCCCAGACAACUUGGCUGCGCUGAAGGAUCUGCUGCAGCAGCUGGAGGGCAGGAGGGCUCAGAAGGAGGCCUUGUGCAAAGAGCUGCGCUCCCGCGUCCUGACACUCUGGGACUGGCUGCAGGUGUCUCCGGAGGAGAGGGAGGCCUUUGCCCCGAACAUGGAGGGUUCCAGAGCCGGCAUUAUGAACGCUUUGCACCUGGAAGUCGAUCGCUUGGAGGAGCUGAAGCGCCAGAACCUCCAGAAUGUGGUGGAGGCCAUUCGGGUGCAGUUGGCCACCUACUGGGACAGGUGCUUCUUCGGAGAGGAGCAGAGGCGCGCCUUUGGCCCCUACUACCAAGACCACUUCACGGAAGAGUUACUGCAGCAACACGACGAUGAGCUCGUGCAGCUGAAGCGUUAUUACGAGAUGCACCAGGAGCUCUUUGACGCGAUCCACAAGUGGGAGAAGAACUGGUGUCUCUUUCAGGAGCUUGAGGAAAAGGCCACGGACCCAGCCCGCUUCACCAACCGAGGAGGACACCUCCUGAAAGAAGAGAAGCUGCGCGCCAAGCUCCAGAAGACCCUUCCCAAGCUGGAGGAGGAGCUGAGGGUCCGUGUGGAACUGUGGGAGCACCAGCAAGCACGGGACUUCCUGGUAAACGGGCAGCACUUCAUGGAGCACGUGGCUGAGCAGUGGCGCCUCCACCGUCUGGAGAAGGAGAAGGAGCGGCAGGAGCGGCAACUCAAAAAGUCCCGCCAGACGGAGGAGGAGAUGCUCUAUGGCAGCACCCCCUGCACCCCCAACAAGAGACAGGCUUUGGGCAUCACCACACCUGGAAAAGCACGAAAGCUCAACAUUACCACCACAACCCCCAACAGCACUAUCCGCUCGGCCCUGCGAGGUUCGGUGUUAAACUCCCCUGGAUGCCAUCCACCCCUUUCUGGAAGGAAGCCCGCCCGGACCCCCAGCUGCGUGGCUGCCAAGCCCACCCCCCACAGCCGGAUGGAGCGCAACAAGGAGAACACGUCUCAGCUCAACAGGACAGCUCUGAGCGGUGGGUGUACCCCGACAGUCCCUGCCCAGCGUAAUGGCAGCAUAUACUCUGUUGCCAGCACCUAUUCAGAGUUUGCGCACGGACUUUCAAAGGCUUCCAAAUCUGAGCACCAGUACCACGUCCUCAACUCCACGGUUUCCAAUCCUGACUGAAGGGAGGCCCAUUGCCAGCCACGUGACCCUCUCACGGUCUGGUGUCCUGCAGGAACUGGACCUUCUGGGGGCCCAGUUUGUGCUGCCACUUUUAACUGUUUUUAAUUAAUUGAUUUCACAAAAGUUUUAUGUAAAGGGGAAUAAAGGUAUAGAUGCAGCAGUUGUUCUGUGCGCAGGACUGCUGCCUAAUUCAGUGGGGGCGGGGAGGGGAAACAGGCAGAGGUUUGC